GAAACAACCAGAGAGAUGAGGAGAGGAAGUCGCGGUGGCAGCGAAGUCCAGUCUCCAAGGCUGAGCUGCUGUUUUAUCUCCGGCCAAGACCGAACUUCUCAGGCCACGCUGGCAGCGCAUGGAGCCGACAAGUCUGACGGAGGCGGGAUGCUCUCCCAGGGAGAGAUCCCCGAGGCACCUGCUGCUCCGUGCUGCUUGGAAAAUGGUGAGCAAAGGAACAACAAAGAGGAGAAAAGACAAAGAGAAAUCGAGGAGGGGAAGAUAGAAAGGGAGAGAGAAAGACAGACACCUGAGGACCUGUUUCACCAACUGAGAAGCGACUCCCCUGCAGGUGACAUAAAUAUCACAGAUCCUGUUGGAAAUGAACUUGUCAGCAAAGGAAUAGAUAAUGGUGAUCUUGCUUCCUAUGUAUCUGCAUUUAUAGAAAAGGAAGUAGGAAAUGAUCUCAAGUCUUUAAAAAAACUGGAUAAAGUAAUAGAACAGAUGACAGAGAAUAAAAUGCACUUAGAAGAGCAGGUACUUAGAAUUUCAUCAGAAAUCCCCAAAAGAAUUCAGAGUGCUUUGAAAAAUGCAGAAGAAUCAAAGCAACUCCUUAAUCAAUUUCUGGAGCAAGAAACUCAUCUCUUCAGUUCCAUUAACAGCCAUUUGCAGACUGCAGAACCCUGGAUGGAUAAUCUCGGGGCCAUGAUUAAUCAAAUUGAGGAGAUUGAGCGACAUCUUGCUUACCUUAAAUGGAUUUCACAAAUUGAAGAACUAAGUGAUAACAUUCAGCAGUAUCUGAUGACAAAUAAUGUUCCAGAGGCAGCCUCUACUCUGGUGUCGAUGGCUGAACUUGACAUUAAGCUUCAGGAGUCAUCUUGUACCCACCUUCUUAGUUUUAUGAGAGCCACUGUGAAAUUCUGGCAUAAAAUUCUCAAGGACAAGCUAACAAGUGAUUUUGAGGAAGUUUUAACACAGCUUCAUUGGCCAUUCAUCACGUCCCCUCAGUCUCAGACUGGCUUAAGUCGACCCGUGAGCUCCCCUGAAAUAUAUAAUAACCUGGAGACGCUGUUUUGUCAGCUUCUGAAACUACAAACCUCAGAUGAGUUACUGACUGAGCCAAAACAACUCCCAGAAAAAUACUCUCUUCCUGCAUCCUCUUCUAUCAUCCUACCCAUCCAGAUUAUGCUGACACCCCUUCAGAAGAGGUUCAAGUAUCAUUUCAGAGGAAACCGACAGACUAACAUUAUAAGCAAGCCUGAGUGGUACUUAGCUCAAGUACUUAUGUGGAUUGGGAACCACAAUCACUUUCUGGAUGAGAAGAUUCAGCCAAUAUUAGACAAAACAAAUUCUCUGGCAAAUGCAAGGCUUGAAUUUUCUCGGGGCCUUGUGAUGUUAGUUUUAGAGAAGUUGGCUGCUGAUAUUCCUUGUCUGCUCUAUGAUGAUUCUCUCUUCUGUCAUUUGGUGGAUGAAGUGCUUUUGUUUGAAAGGGAACUACACAGUGUCCACGGCUAUCCCAGCACAUUUGCUAACUGUAUGCAUAUUCUGUCUGAGGAAACCUGUUUCCAGAGAUGGCUGACUGUGGAAAGAAAAUUUGCUCUUCAAAAAAUGGACUCAAUGCUUUCAUCAGAAGCUGCCUGGGUUUCCCAAUAUAAGGAUAUUGCUGAUGUGGAUGAGAUGAAAGUUCCAGACUGUGCAGAAACUUUUAUGACUCUUCUUUUGGUUAUGACUGAUAGGUAUAAAAAUCUGCCUACAGCUUCCCGAAAGCUGCAGUUCCUGGAGUUACAGAAGGACUUAGUAGAUGACUUUAGGAUACGAUUAACUCAAGUGAUGAAAGAAGAGACUCGAGCUUCCCUUGGUUUUCGAUACUGUGCAAUUCUUAAUGCUGUGAACUAUAUAUCAACAGUACUUGCAGAUUGGGCUGACAAUGUUUUCUUUCUACAGCUUCAACAGGCAGCAUUGGAGGUCUUUGCAGAGAACAACACUCUCAGUAAAUUGCAGCUGGGACAGCUGGCUUCCAUGGAGAGCUCUGUCUUUGAUGACAUGAUUAACCUGUUAGAGCGUUUGAAGCAUGACAUGUUGACCCGUCAAGUAGACCAUGUUUUCAAAGAAGUUAAAGAUGCUGCAAAAUUAUAUAAAAAAGAAAGAUGGUUGUCCCUGCCAUCUCAGUCAGAGCAGGCAGUCAUGUCCUUGUCCAGUUCGGCGUGCCCAUUAUUGCUCACGUUACGAGACCGUUUACUUUUGUUGGAGCAGCAGCUUUGCUUCUCCUUGUUUAAAAUUUCCUGGCAAAUGCUUGUAGAGAAGCUGGAUAUAUACAUCUACCAAGAAAUAAUCCUUGCUAAUCAUUUCAAUGAAGGAGGAGCAGCUCAGUUGCACUUUGACAUGACUCGAAAUCUUUUCCCUUUAUUUUCCCAUUAUUGCAAGAGACCAGAAAAUUAUUUUAAACAUGUAAAAGAAGCCUGCAUUGUUUUAAACUUGAACAUUGGGUCCGCCCUUCUUCUGCAAGAUGUCCUGCAGUCAGCUUCAGGGCAGCCUUCUGCUACCGCAGCAUUAAAUGAAAUGGGAAUUUACAAGCUGGCAUCACAAGAUGUUGAGAUUCUACUUAAUCUGCGAACACACUGGCCUAGUACUGGAAGAUAAUGCAUCCUUUUUCAUUUUAAUAUUUAAACAUUUGGGGGGAACAAAGAGGAAGCCAAUUGGAAUUCAAAUAAUGUGAUUUUGAAGCUCUAAAUUAAUGAAGCUAGAGAGCUAAAAACUUGAUAGAAUCAUUUAUUAUUGUGGACUCACAGUGUUAUUAAAAUGCUGACCAUA